AUGUCUUCUUCCGAGAGUAUUCAGCAGCAAAAGCGCAAGCAUGGCGAGGUGGCGGAUCAGGUUAUCAACGGGCUGGAGGGCUACAGCGAGCUCACCCCCAAGUCCCAAAAGCUACGUGAUGACCUUCUCAAAACAGCAAAGAGAAUCCGAGAUUUGGAGGAUGCUGACGAUCAACUUCUUGGUAGUGCGUUCGAACUCUUCGAAGCGAAACAGAAGCAAGCCAAGGAGAUCAAGGAGAUCAAGGAGGAGCGCGAGGUUAUUGUCGAGCAAGUUGCCAAACUCACAGGCCAACUCGAAUCAAUACAAGCCGAACUCGACGAUUCUCGCUCCAAGGAAAUAGCAGCAGAAAGGACGGUUGACGAUUAUCGUUUUCUGUUCCGGUACGGCGACUGGUUGGCCAUAAAACUGACAGCGCUGGCCGGGAAGGAAGAAGCGAUCAGAGACGAGGAGUUUACAGAGUUUGAGGCUAUGUACGUAGCUCUGAACAAAGUCAACAAGGCUGAGGCCGAGGAAAAAGCAAAGAAAGAAGCCAAGGAGAGAGGCGAGCCAUUCAGAGGACCCGUCAAAUACAAGAAAAUCAAGGCUCAGGAUCAGGCCAAGGCGGACGCAAGAUGGAAGGCUCACGAUGGCCGACAAGUGACGAGCCUUCACACAAGAGUCCAGGUCGAGAGAAAGGCGGUGGAAAACUGGCUCGAGGCCAACGACGAAGCGAUUCCCCCACCCCAGACGCCGUUCCUCGAUCGCAUCGAAAAGAUGAGCAAGCAAGCAGGGAUAGAAAGAUGGCUUUACCUACAGUGGAUCAAGGAGUACAGCGACCGCAACGAGAUUUGCCAUAGUCGGCCACCAGUGGCGAAGAAUUACCGAAAGACCAUUGAAAAGGAUGGCAAGGUCGUGGUCGUCGAGCCGGAUAAGAAGAGCCCCGAAGAUGCCGUCGAUUGGGAGAGCAUGAGAGCCGCCAUCGAAGUGGCCAAGGCCGACGUCGAGACACGAUUCAAAGGGGGUAUAUUGGGGAGAGAAAGGCGAGAUUGUUAUAUCGAGCUUAUGGAUGCGUAUUGGACAUCCCUUUUUGGCGAGGACGAGGACGAACCCACGCUCACAGAAUUGGCAAAAAAACAGGCAAAAGCACUGCUCGAAGGCACAGCGAAACCCCCGGCCUCCCCACCCAGAGAAUAUCGGCGAGAGUAUAAGAAGGGCAAGUGGGACGACAUUUACAAGGCGAGAGACUAG